AUGGGGCAGAGAGGGAAGCUGGAGGGGUUAGGGGGGCCCUGCUGCCCAGGGCCUGACUGCGUUCUCCUCCCUUACCCCUACCCCAAGCCUGUUUUGCUUUCUCCCCUCUGGCACAGUGCCCUUGAACUGGUCCCUUUUGGAAUCAAACCCCUCCUCAGGCGGGCAGCAGCUUACGAGGCUCUGGAGAGGUAUCAGCUGGCCUAUGUUGACUACAAGACUGUGCUACAGAUCGACUGCUCCAUACAGUCUGCACACGAUGGUGUCAACAGAAUGACCAAAGUCCUGCUGGAGAAGGAUGGUGUGAAUUGGCGUGAGAAGCUCCCUCCGAUCCCCGCAGUCCCCAUUUCUGCCCAGACGAGAUGGAAUGUUCCUUCUGCAGGAGGCCCGACCACUCCUUGUGAAACUGCACCUCUGGGAAAACCAGACCAGACUGCUGCUGGCACUGAGAGAGCUCGAACUCUGAAGGAAGAAGGAAAUGAACUUGUGAAGAAAGGAAACCAUAAAAAAGCAAUUGAGAAGUACAGUGAGAGUUUAAAGCUCAAAAAGGAAUGUGCAACUUACACCAACAGAGCUCUGUGUUACCUGACUCUGAAGCGAUACAAGGAAGCCGUACAGGACUGCACAGAAGCCUUGAGAUUAGAGCCUAAUAACAUUAAGGCAUUCUACAGACGUGCUCAAGCACUUAAAGAACUGAAGGAUUACAAGUCAAGUAUUGCUGAUAUCAACAGCUUGCUGAAAAUUGAACCAAAGAACACAGCUGCACUGAGGCUACUACAAGAGUUGAACAGAGCUUAGAGCAACCAAGCAACAAAGAAAGCUUUGUUUUCUACUGCAGAAGUAGUCUUCCCUUCUGAUAUUGUUACAGGGACCAAUCUUAAUGCAGGAUCAGUACUGAAAUCUAUCUUCCUCUGCUGCUGAGAUGUAACAGGUUCUGUGCCAGCACAAUGAAUGCAGACCGUGCAUCCUGACAUCACACUUGAUUAUUUCCGUCUAAGACUAUUCAGAGUUUUAAUGCUCCUCUCUGAGAGGCAUUAAAAGGUUAACUUCCCUGGCUGAAGGGAAUUCCUCCUGAAGUCAACUUGCCUGUAAAGAUUGGCUUCAGGGUCCCUUUCCAUGUUGGCUGGAAUGUGGGUGAAGUGGCUAUUCUCUUUUUGAAGAGCUACAAAGUUGUUAGUCCUUAUUCAGGUGACAGAGGGAAACGGGAGUUAUAGUUUUCCUGAAUUUGUGCUGCUUUCUAUUACUUAAAGAAGAUAGCUGGAGAACUGCUGCAGGAACGCUAACUGCAGUUGCCAUAGCACUGCACCAUGCUUAAAACAGAGUCUAGGUUACUUGCACAGUACCUAGCAUGUUCCUUCUAGUUGAUGCCUACAGGCCCUCGUCUGAGCUUCUGCUGCUUAGUGGGACUGGGCAGAAGUUUGCAGUAGCAGCUUGCCUUUAUUUUUUUUACUAUCCUGCACACUUAAAAGACCCCAAAAAGUUAAACUUGCCUUGUUACACUGUAUGCUUUCUUUGAGACUCUAGCUGCUUUGGGGUUUUUUCAGCUUUUUCAAAACUUGAGCUUGUCUGUGCCUUUUGGAUCACUUGCUGCUGAGGGUGUUAAAGGAGGGAAUGCAGAAACAUCCCACCUAAGGCCUGGCUUAUUACUUCCAUGCAUGUUUAUACUGUUUGGGUUUUUCUCCUUAUAUGGUAUUGAUGGCACUGAUUUAAAACAGUAGGUUAAGAGAUAUUUAGACUUAUUCUAAGGACUGUUAAAACCAGUUUACAUUAAAGUCACGUUUAUUUUCACUCUA